AUGCCGGCACAGGCAGGGCCUGGAACUUACUUGAUGGCCAAAGAAUCACAAGUAUUCCUUGGAGGAAGACACCCCCCACAGUCAAAUGCAGCUUUUGCAGCAUCGCUGUCAACACAGUCUCAAGCAGUUUUUGCGGGAUCAUUCCCAAAUCAGACAGAAGAAGAUUUUGCAGUACCUCUCCCGCCAGAGUCAGAAGACAGUUUUGUAACAUCGCCCGCACCGGCACAGACUAACACAGUUUUUACCGGAUUGUUCUCAACGCCGUCAAAUGCAGUGUUUACAGGAUCACACCCAGCCCAGUCAAAAGGAGCUUUCCCAGGAUAUUUCCCAGCCCAGACUAAAGCAGUUUUUCCAGGAUCACUCUCAACGCAGUCAAAAGAAGCUUUAACAAGACUGCAACCAACAGAGUCAAAAGGAGCUACUGCAGUGCCACACCCUUGCAUGCAGAAUGCACCUCCAGAGUGGCAUGAGAUGAUUCAGAGACACAUAGCAGAAGCCCAGUGGGCGGAGUCUGGGAAAUAUCAUCAAGAAAAGAUGAAACAGCAAGGGAGAAUAUAUCAUUUCCAAGAGCAACAGAAUAAGAACACAGUACACACCUUGUACAACCAAUAUGAGGAGAAAAUCCGUCCCUGUAUUGAUCUCAUUGACUCCCUGAGAGCGCUCGGAGUAGAAAAGGACCUGGCUUUGCCAGCAAUUGCAGUGAUUGGAGACCAGAGUUCUGGAAAAAGCUCGGUUCUAGAAGCCCUGUCCGGAGUCGCUCUUCCUAGAGGCAGUGGUAUUGUUACCAGAUGUCCCUUAGUGCUCAGACUGAAAAAACUGGCUCCUCAGCAGGAAUGGAAAGGGAAAAUUAGUUACCGGGAUAUAGAUGAAGAACUCCACCAUCCCUCAGUGGUGGAUAAUGAAAUAAGAAAAGCCCAGAAUGCAAUAGCUGGUGAAGGAGUGGGCAUUAGCCAGGAAUUAAUUUCCCUCGAAAUUAGCUCUCCAAAUGUUCCAGAUCUGACACUGAUUGAUCUUCCAGGGAUUGCUAGGGUGGCUGUAGGAAAUCAGCCACAAGACAUUGGAGAACAGAUCAAAAAACUAAUUAAAAAAUUUAUUGCCAAGCAAGAGACUAUAAAUUUGGUAGUGGUGCCAAGUAAUGUGGAUAUCGCAACAACAGAGGCACUUAAAAUGGCUCAAGAGGUAGACCCUGAUGGAGAGAGAACGUUAGGGAUCCUAACAAAACCAGAUUUGGUGGACAGAGGAACUGAGUCAUCGGUUGUUGAUAUCGUACAAAACCUUGUCAUCCAGCUAAGGAAGGGUUAUAUGAUUGUUAAAUGUCGUGGGCAGCAAGAUAUUCAUGACAAGCUCACCCUGGCCUCUGCAAUCCAGAAGGAGAGAGCAUUCUUUGAGCAGCAUGAACACUUUAGAGUUCUUCUGGAUGAAAACAAGGCUACUAUCCCCAUUUUGGCAGAGAAACUUACAACUGAGCUUGUGGAACACAUUAAUAAAUCUUUGCCCGCUUUAGAAGAGCAAAUAAACAUUCAACUCCAAAAAGCAACUGAAGAGUUACUCAAAUAUGGCAAAGGCACACCAAAAGCAGAAGACGAGAAGUUGUUUUUCCUAAUAGAUAAAAUCAAACUGUUUAAUCAAGACAUCGUGAGUUCAGCGGUGGGAGAAGAAAAGUUGUUUGAAAAUGAAAUUAGACUGUUUACAAAAAUCCGCACAGAGUUUCAAAAAUGGGGGAAGAUACUUGAUGACAGUGCAUUGACUGCCCAGGAUGCAAUGGCUGGUGAAGGAGUGGGCAUUAGCCAGGAAUUAAUUUCCCUAGAAAUUAGCUCCCCGAAUGUUCCAGAUCUGACACUGAUUGAUCUUCCAGGGAUUGCUAGGGUGGCUGUGGGGAAUCAGCCACAAGACAUUGGAGAACAGAUCAAAAAACUAAUUAAAAAAUUUAUUGCCAAGCAAGAGACUAUAAAUUUGGUAGUGGUGCCAAGUAAUGUGGAUAUCGCAACAACAGAGGCACUGAAAAUGGCUCAAGAGGUAGACCCUGAUGGAGAGAGAACGCUAGGGAUCCUAACAAAACCAGAUUUGGUGGACAGAGGAACUGAGUCGUCGGUUGUUGAUAUCGUACAAAACCUUGUCAUCCACCUAAGGAAGGGUUAUAUGAUUGUUAAAUGUCGUGGGCAGCAAGAUAUUCAUGAAAAGCUCACCCUGGCCUCUGCAAUCCAGAAGGAGAGAGCAUUCUUUGAGCAGCAUGAACACUUUAGAGUUCUUCUGGAUGAAAACAAGGCUACUAUCCCCAUUUUGGCAGAGAAACUUACAACUGAGCUUGUGGAACACAUUAAUAAAUCUUUGCCCGCUUUAGAAGAGCAAAUAAACAUUCAACUCCAAAAAGCAACUGAAGAGUUACGCAAAUAUGGCAAAGGCACACCAAAAGCAGAAGGCGAGAAGUUGUUUUUCCUAAUAGAUAAAAUCAAACUGUUUAAUCAAGACAUCGUGAAUUCAAUUGCGGGAGAGGAAAAGUUGUUUGAAAAUGAAAUUAGACUGUUUACAAAAAUCCGCACAGAGUUUCAAAAAUGGGGGAAGAUACUUGAUGACAGUGCAUUGACUGUUAGAAAAACUAUACAACAUGAAGUGUGGAGAUUUGAAAAACAAUAUCGUGGAAGAGAGCUCCCAGGGUUUGUCAGUUACAAGGCAUUUGAGACCAUUGUAAGACAGCAAAUCAUGGCACUAGAAGAACCAGCUAUUGAGAUACUGAAGAACGUAAUUGAACUUGUCCGAAAAUCUUUUACAGAAGUUGCCAAAGAUCAUUUUGAGGAUUUUCACAAUCUUAACAGAGCUGCUAAGGACAAAAUUGAAGACAUUAGAGACAAACAAGCAGAGGAAGCUGAAACAAUGAUCCGAGUCCAGUUUAAAAUGGAGCAGCUUGUAUACUGCCAGGACAAUGUUUACAGCGAAGACUUAAAAGUUAUCAGGGAAGAAACACCAAAGGAAGCAGCCAACAGUCUGAACCCGGCCUCCUUGAGUUUCAAUUUUGGAACUGUUCCAACCCAGAACCACUCUGCCAUUAUGGAAAUGGGUUAUCACCUGGCGGCAUACUUCAAUAGUGCAGGUAAACGUCUCUCCAGCCAAAUUCCUCUGAUCAUCCAAUUCUACAUCCUUCAGGACUUUGGAGAUAAAUUACAGAAUUCAAUGCUGCAACUUUUACAAGAAAAAGAAAAAUUGAGCUUCUUUCUUCAGGAACAGAAAGAUGCUGCCGAUCAGAGGCAUUUUCUGAGUGGACGAAUUCAUCGUCUCACACAAGCUCGCCUUCGCUUAAUAAAAUCUGUGCUGUAGCCUCUCUGCUUUAAACGGUCUGUUUCAAAUGUCAGUUCUUGGUACUGAAAAGAUCUAUAAUCAGAGCUUUGUAUAACCCUUUAGAAAUUGUGCAUCUGUCUACAUUGGCCUUCAAAACUGAAUGAACUAAGAGUUUAGCUAAAUCACGUAAUUGCUUUAACCUCAUCAGUUAUGUGUGUGUCUCAUGUUCACCUGUGAACCAUUUUAUUUUGUUUUAGUUUCUUAUGCUUCCCGGUAAUUAUGUUGCUAUUGCAAAACAUUCUGAAUGUGUUCAUUUUAACAAGUGAGGACAUGGGCUCUCCGCUACAGAACAUGCAUCCUACAGUAGGCAAAUGAAUUAAACCAUA